UAUACAUAUAACUAUUUUGUAACUCUCAACACGAUUUUGUAAAACUCCCAUUUUUAAUCGAAGCAUUUAUAACGAUAUGUCAUGUUAAGUUACUGUAAUUUAUAGAUAUAUACAUGAUUUUUCUCAAUUGUUAGACGUCAUCGUAUUUGUAACAAGUGUCUGUAUUAAUUUUUCGUGAAGAUGGCCUGGUUGUCAGGUCUCGCGGACAAGGCAGAAAAUUUAUUAAAUAAAAUAGAUAAAAAUACCGCGGCAGUAUUAAAUAAAGAUAAAUAUGAAGUAUCACAGUCUCAACUGACAGAAGUUACGUGGACUCCACCUGAAUUACGUCUUAACACACAAGAAGAAAUAUCUCUGAAAUCUGCUUCAGGAUCAACAAAUCAAUUUCCUUAUGUUCGUUCAGUACCAAGUCUUUCUUCAUUGGCAACAAAUUCUAUUGUAUCUAAAGAUGAGGAACUUCUCACAUUUUUAAAUACACCUGAUUCAAGCCCAAAGAAAACUAUGGCAGAAGUAUCAAUGUCGCCACCAACACCCUCAUCUCUUAUGGUUGAACAUCCUACUGACACUACAGAUUCUGUAUCAGAGUUAUCAAUUCAUAGUGGUCGUUCAAGUCCUAGUCUUAUGCAUACAUCUGUAGAUGUUCCAGAUGAUCUUAAUCAUGAUAUUAUAAAUACAAGGGAUGAAGCCUCUUACAAAAAUGAUAUAGUACAUAAACUAAAUAAUGGAAUAGCAGGACAGCAGAUCUUAGGAAUUAUGUUGGAUAAUGAGGGUAGUGUUGUUGAAAGACAAUUCGAUGUUGUGUCACAGUCCGGGUAUGAAUAUGAAUCAAAGCCAGAAAUAUUGGAAGUAAAUACAUUACAUUCAUCUCAUGAUAAGAAUAUAAGAAAAUACCUAAAAGAAGUAGAAAGGAAUUUGGAGGAAAAGAAUGAAUUACUUGGAAAACAAGAGACAGAUCACCAAAAAGAAAUUGUAGUGUUGAAUGAAAAGUUACAGUCUUUGUACAUGGAAAGAGUGCAGUUGUCGAAGCUAGUGAUAGAAUUACAGUCUGCUUUAGAGAGAAGUAGAUUGGAAUUAAAUUCCACUAGAUCAGAUUUAGAACAAUACAAAGCCAGGGCACUAAAGACAUUGCAUGAAAAGAAAAAAUUAAUAGCAGAAUUAAGAAAUAAUGAGUCUACAGAAGUAGAUGAUACAAUGGUCAUGGAAUUAAAUCAAUUGAGGCAAGAGCGUGACACAUUCAGAGAAGAAAAUCAACAAAUUUCUGAACAACUGAGGAUAGUACGAGAGGAAUUGAUGAAUGCUGAUGUGAAGUUGGAGAAAAUGAGACAAAAAUCUGCUGAGGCAAAUAUACAAACUCAAGAAAUACUUGCAACAGAAAGGCGUAAACGAUUAGAUACAGAAGAAAAUUUAAGAUUAAGCUCAGAAGAAAUAAGAACUUUAAAAGAUCAAAUAAUUCGUCAAUGUAAUCGUUACACUAAACAACUGCAAAAGAAUGAAUCUGAAAUUGCCAAGCUUAGGAUGAAAUUAUCGACACAAUCGACGCCGAGCGACGACAUGAAAACGAGAUUAGAAUCUCUCACGCAAACUUUAGUUUCGAAACAGCAAGUGUUGGAAAGUUUACUUACUGAAAGGAAUGCUUUGAGAUUACGGUUAGAAAAGAUUGAACAUGAAUUUAGAGAUAGUCGACGUAAUGUAUCCUAUAAUAUAAAUGAUACAGAUGAUGCAAAAGCUCAAGUACCGACAUUUUUAAUGGAAACCCCAUUUGACACUGGGGUUACUAGAAGAGUAAAACGAGCUUAUUCUUCAUUAGAUGCAAUUAGUAUACGUACAGGAGUGUUUCUAAGGAGAUACCCUCUUGCAAGAAUUUUAGUAUUAAUUUACAUGGCACUACUACAAUUUUGGGUUCUGGUAGUUCUUCUAUCGCAGUCACCAGAAGCACAUUAACGUUCGACAUUUACAAUAUGAGAAAGCAUAGUUUAAUUAAAUGUUCGAUACUUUAGUAUAAAUUAAAAGUUUUUGUAAAUAUAACAUUCUAAUAGUACGUAUAAGUUACUGUUAUAUAAUUGUUAAUUUUUUUUAGCAUAUAUUUUCUCCGUUACUGUUCCAAUAACGGGUCCGCUGAAACAGAAAGAGCGAGUGAGCGUCGAGACAGUCGACAAAAAUUUAAUGCCUACAUAUCGGUGAGACACACCAAUGCAACAAUCAAACUUCUUUAUUUAUCUAACUAAAUUAUAUCGUGUUUGGUCUUAUUUUAAUCAGAACAAUCUCACCAAUAUGUUAAUGAAAA